AGUUUAUUCACAGAGCUUGGAAUAAUGAUGACGACCGCUGUUUUUGUUUUCGUUUUCUUCUUCUUCUUCUAAUUUCCUCACUUUCUGUGAGUAAAUACUUAGUUUUUGAUCUUCUAACAGUGACUGAAUAGAUCUCCGGCUCCGGCAUUCCAUAAUUUCUCCGUCAUAAGACCCGUGAGUAAUAACAAAAUACUACUUAAAUCUUCAACAAAAUACCUCUCAUGAUAUUUCUGCACAACUCUACAGAAAACUGCACUCCGGCAAAGCUUAUGUGCCUGAAAAUAGCUGGAGAGCAAGGGUAAAAAGGUAAUUUCCCAGAUUCACUGGAAGCUGAGGAAUGGAUGAUGUUAGUGAAGUGCAGAGCAGAAGUGAGUCACGUAAUCAGGUUUCAUGGAUUCCGGUGACCCCUGCAAAGCCAAAUUUGGAUGAAGAGAAGCUGAUCCAUGGCCAUGGGCCUAUCAUACCAGAUGGUGUCACAGAAAGAAACAACUUCAACAAUUGGGAAUCUGUUAACAAUGUGGGACGGUUGAUGAAGCUUCACUUUGAUGCAGCGGAAAGCCAGAGACAUUUUUCUUUCCAAGAGCUCUUGAUGCAAGUAGAGGCCCGAAAUAUGGCGUACCGUUCUCUGGCGCCGCAGAAGAGUGAUGGUGUAGCGGAAAGUUCUGUUCUUUGUGCUGAAAAGGAGCAGAAUGUAGGCAAUUUGGGGGAGUCCAGCGAGUCCUCCGCAACAUGGCAACCCGGAAACCAUGAGAGCAGUCUUGGAGAUUGUAGAUGCUGCCAAGACAAUUCUCUAGUACAUCACCAGCAUUCUUAUGAUCUUAAUUUGACACCUGGAUUCGAUACUUCACCUGGCAAGGGCAUCCACAAUUUUGUGCCUGUAACACCAGAUAAGUCCUUGAAAGUAUAUAGCAAAAGGGAUUCUAGAAUGCAAAACUUGUUUGUAGAUGACGUACAAGAUCAGGAAAGAGUGAAGCAGAUGAAUAAAAACACUACCAAGAUGGUUGAUGCCAAUGAGUUAAAUAGUCUUAAAGAAAGCACACGACCUGCUAGUGAUCUUUUAGCAGCUGCAGAUCCCACAGCACUUCAGGCGAAUCAAAACCUCGAUCAGGGAGACAUCCAGGAAGUCAACCUGAAUAAAACACCACAGCAGAAACCAAAAAGGAGAAGGCACAGGCCCAAGGUGGUCAAAGAAGGCAAACCAAAAACCCCAAAGCCGGUAACCCCAAAGCCUGCUGAUUCCAGUAAAAACUCAACAGUGAAGAGAAAAUAUGUUAGAAGGAAUAAAGUAGAAAAGGCAUCAGAAACUCUGCCAGAACUAGCUGGAGAGUGUAAUGACUCCAAAUUGCUAACGCCUGCCAAGAAGUCAUGCAAAAGGCCCUUGAAUUUUGAAGAGAUGCAAUUAAAAUCUGAUGAUGCAAGAUGUUCUCUCAAUGUAAGUUCAGAGACACAGCUACAUCAUUACAGCAACAGAAAAGCUAUAUCGAAAUCAACCAUUCAAGUAUGUCAUGAAAUUGAAGUGAUGAUGGUAGAAAAAAAAAAAGCAGGCACUGCCCGUGAAAACUGUUCCACGCAUCAUAUGGAGGAAGGUUGCCUGUCAAAGAAUGAAACAGAAACUGUAAGAACAUCAGUUCCUGUUGUAAGAAACUCUGCUUUGGUGAAAAUGAAGGUCCAUAUUCAAGAGGACAAUAAAGAUGUUCGCAUGACUGCCAACAUUCAACAUGAAAAAUCCGUACAACAACUGUUGGAGGGGGACACUCAUCCAUACCCAAUGAGCCCAAAUGAUUCUGACUGCAGCAGUAGUGUAAAUCUGGCUGAAGGAAAUGAACAAACUAAAGAAUCUAAGAGAGACCAUCAUUGUGCGGUCAAACAAGCUCAUACCAACAGCAGUAAUAUGUACAGGGAUCACUAUAAUAGUUUACAUACGUAUUUGAUCCCUUGGUCACACAACAAAAGAAAGAGAACAGAAAAGGGGCAAGGGCAUGAUAUUACAACAGCAAAAGACAUUGGAGAUAUUAUAACUGUGUACCCUCAAAAUAAUACCAGAGAAAAUCCUUAUGGAUCAAAAACCAACAACUUCAUGAGUCCUCAAUCUAAUCCUAGUAAGCUUCUGAAAAACCUGCAAACUGAUACUGAAUGCAUCAUCAUGGCUUUAAGUCCAAAGGAGACACCGACAAAGAAAAGAUCUCGAAAUGCUAAAAGAACUCGCGAUUUGGCUUCACUAACUAUAGCAGAGCACAACAUGGGAAAACCUUAUCCUGAUAAAACAAAAGUGGUGUACCAAAAUGAGAAGAGAGUUGAGAACUUCCACAGAACCGACACCUGCAUGAAUGCUCUGAUUGCACAGACAAGGACAACACUUGCAAGGAAGAGACGAUCAGCAAAGAGAAACUUUCCAGCAUUCGAACAUAACCAACGAUCUUAUUCUAAGUUAUCAGGUUCACCUCGUGAUGUACUGUGGACAGGGAUGCUUGAUGUAAUUGACAAGCAACUGAAAUGCUUAGACAUCAAUAAGGAAAAUACCAUAGUUGAAUUUCAAGAGAGAAAUGCAAUGGUUCCUUUUCAUACAAGAUACCAAGAACACAAUGCACUCGUUCUAUAUAGGAGAGAUGGCACAGUUGUACCCUUUAAGGGUUCAUUUGAUCUUCCGAAGAAAACUCGUCCUCGGCCUAAAGUAGACCUAGAUGAAGAAACUAAUAAAGUAUGGAAACUUCUAUUGGAAAAUAUAAAUAGCGAAGGUAUUGAUGGAACAGAUGAAGAUAAGGCAAAAUGGUGGGAAGAAGAGCGCACAGUUUUCCGAGGACGAGCAGACUCUUUUAUUGCAAGAAUGCAUCUUGUGCAAGGAGAUAGACGAUUCUCUCAGUGGAAGGGAUCAGUUCUAGAUUCAGUCGUUGGUGUCUUUCUUACUCAAAACGUCUCAGAUCAUUUAUCAAGCUCUGCUUUCAUGGCGCUUGCUGCACAUUUUCCCCUUAAAUCAAGGAAUCAUGACAUAGCCUGCUCAGUAUCAGAUGAACCACAAGAGUGCUUAGCUGAAAACACUUCAAACCAACCCAUUUGUGGCUGGCCUUCACCGGCUCCUCCUGAUGCAGAACAUAAUGAAAUCGCAAUUAUUGACAGAAAUGUAAGUGAAGAAAGCAGCGCUAAUCAAUGUGAGAAGGAGCACAAUGAGAAAGCAACUAGUUUAAUUUCUUUGCAGCACGCUUCAGAUUCUUUGUCGCGAACUCAUGAUAAAUCAAUAUCAUGCUCAGAGAGCAACUCAGAUGCAGAUGUUCUAACAAGUAAAAGUAUAUGUGAAAGUUUUGAAGACUCCAUUUCAUCAUUGGAAGGUCAGCACAAAGAUGAAUCCUCCAUGCUACAAGAAGUUUACCAUGAAAGUCAAGAUAUUGUCUCUAACAAGUCAAACAAUGUUUGCAACAAGUCUAGAGCUACAGAGCAUGAUGAUAAAAGACAAAAUAUAGACAAAGUUAGUUCCACAUGUUCCUUGGGAUCAUCCAGAUACCCUGUCAAUAACCCCCACUUGCAGGAAACCCCUAAUGCAGGAUUAACAUUGAUUGAGAGCUUUGAGAAAUUCCUAGAGAUGGGAUCUACAGAUACAUCCCGGAACAAAGCUGAAAACAGUGCAAGUGAUCAGAGUACACUAACAGUGGAAUCUGCAACUCAAGUCACUAUUCACAAACAGAUGACAGUGAUUCCGCAAGAAGCAACAAGGCCCAAUGAAUCAGAUGACAUCAUUCAGACCAACAAAAACAUACUCGUUGAAUCUCAAAGCAGCAUUGUUGGAAACCUCAAAGUUGCUGUAUCAUUGAGUUCGGAAAAAAGCAGUAUAAUACAACAGAAUUUAACAAUCCACUCUGAAGAAACCCUAGAAGUUUUGAAACAGACAGCAGAAGCAGAUUUAAACGAGUGUGGCCAUUCAUUAACUAAGGGGUGCAGUGAGCUGGAUGCUGCUACUUCAAAACCAAAGAGUAGGAAAGCUGGAAAGGAGAACACAGAUAAUCAGGACUGGGACAAACUAAGGAAACAAGCAGAAGCUAAUGGAAGAAGAGAAAGAACAACAAAGACAAUGGACUCCUUGGACUGGGAGGCUGUAAGAUGUGCAGAUGUCAGUGAAAUUUCUCACACAAUUAGAGAACGAGGGAUGAAUAACAGGCUUGCAGAGCGAAUCAAGGAUUUCCUUAACCGGCUGGUGAGAGAACAUGGAAGUAUUGAUCUUGAGUGGCUGAGAGACGUUCCACCUGACCAAGCAAAAGAGUAUCUGCUAAGCAUAAAGGGAUUGGGGCUGAAAAGUGUGGAGUGUGUGAGACUUUUGACACUUCACCAUCUUGCUUUCCCGGUGGACACAAAUGUUGGACGUAUAGCUGUACGACUAGGAUGGGUACCUCUUCAGCCACUGCCUGAGUCACUACAGCUGCAUCUUCUUGAACUGUACCCAGUGUUGGAAUCAAUUCAAAAAUAUCUCUGGCCCCGACUAUGCAAGCUUGACCAAAGAACACUGUAUGAGUUGCAUUACCAGAUGAUAACAUUUGGAAAGGUAUUUUGCACCAAAAGCAAACCAAAUUGCAAUGCAUGUCCAAUGAGAGGAGAAUGUAGACACUUUGCAAGUGCAUUUGCUAGUGCACGACUUGCCCUGCCAGGGCCAGAAGAGAAAAGUGUAGUUAUUGCAACCGAGAAAAGAAAGGAAGACAUAAAAUUUACCGUUAAUGAGAGAACACCCUUACCCCUUCCCCAUCCAAAUAAACAAUCAGAGGAAUACCGCUUAAUGGAAGUAAAUGACCAGUCAAUUGCAAGAGCUGGGAUCAAUUGUUGUGAACCCAUCAUUGAAGAACCAGCAACACCAGAGCCUGAAAGCCCAACAAUAUUAGAGGAUAUUGAGGAUGCUUUCUAUGAAGAUCCUGAUGAAAUUCCAACGAUCAAGCUUAAUAUAGAACAGUUCACUCAGAAUGUACAGAACUAUAUGCAAGAAAACAUGGAACUUCAAGAUGGUGAAAUGUCCCGAGCCUUAGUUUCUCUAGGUCCAGAAGCUGCUUCUAUUCCUAUGCCCAAGCUGAAGAAUGUGAGCCGACUGCGAACCGAACAUCAAGUUUAUGAACUUCCAGAUUCGCACCCUCUUCUGGAAAAGUUACAGUUGGAGAAGAGAGAACCUGAUGAUCCGAGCUCCUACCUUUUGGCAAUAUGGACACCAGGUGAAACUGCAAACUCCAUUGAGCCACCGGAGAGGAGGUGUUGCUCCCAAGGAUAUGACAACUUAUGCAAUGAGAAGGAGUGUUUCUCAUGCAACAGCAUGCGUGAAGCAAACUCCCAAACAGUCCGAGGAACCAUUUUGAUACCAUGUAGGACGGCAAUGAGAGGAAGCUUUCCGCUUAAUGGGACCUACUUUCAGGUUAAUGAGUUAUUUGCGGAUAAUGAUUCAAGUCUUCACCCAAUUGAUGUUCCAAGAAAUUGGAUAUGGAAUCUACAAAGGCGUACUGUGUACUUUGGAACCUCCAUACCAAGUAUAUUUAAAGGGUUGACAACACAAGGCAUUCAACAGUGCUUCUGGAGAGGGUAUGUAUGUGUGAGAGGAUUUGACCGAAAAACACGAGCACCACGGCCUCUAUUAGCCAGACUUCACUUCCCAGCCAGCAAGGCGAAAAGAGUCAGAGAUGCAAAAAAUAUGUAGUGGUGGUGUAGAUAAGGGAGAACUCAGGGUGAUGUCCACCAAAACCAGAAUUUUACCAUGAUGAAUCCAUGUACUAUAAAGAGCAUAAAUUACAACCUAGAUUAUUUAACAAAAUAAUUUAAACUGGUUCUUUUAGAUAGUAUCAAUAUAUAAAUAUCCCAAAAGAGAAAGAACAGGCAACCUAGUUGAGUUGUUUAUGUUCCCAUGAUUGAGGAUGGGAACAAACAUGUUGCCAUGUAGCGUAGUACAUGUACAUGAUUAGUCAGAUAGAUAGAUCCUAAUUGUUUGGUCUCAGAGAGAACUUACUUGCUCAUGUUUGAGCAUUUGCUCCUAUCCAAAGUUGAGUAUGACCAAUGAGUGUCAUGUCGUACAGUA